AUGAAAACUCCAUUCACAACUCGAUUAGAAGAACUAGGUGAUAUUGUGCGUUUAAUUUGUGCGAUUAUACAAAUAAUUAUUGGCGAUGUUGAUAAUUUAGAUGAAAGUCAAAAAAAUAUUUUAGAACUUAAACGAAGACAAAUUGUCACAAAGAAUAAUAAAUCUUUUCAAGUAUCACAAUUAACAAUGCAGACUAUUGGUGAUUUAGUCACGAUAUUUGGUCUCAUACCAAAAUUUUUAGUUGAUAAUGAUUUAAUAGCUCUAGAAAAUAAAUUCUUGCGUGAAAAUAUUAGUAUUAUGUUGGUUGGAAAUAUUACAAUUAAUUGUGAAUAUAUUGAAAGCAUUUCAAAGAACAUCAGAACAAUUUCAAGUAUUUUAUGA